AUGGCACCUCCAGGCCCUAUUACAACACCACUUACAUCCCUGCUGGGAAUCAAGCACCCCAUCAUCCUCGCCGGUAUGGCUAGGGUGUCUGGUGGUCGUCUUGCAGCAGCUGUAUCCAACGCAGGCGGUCUCGGUAUAAUUGGUGGUUUCCAAUACACACCCGAUCAACUUCGAGAGAUCAUUGCGGAGAUGAAGGCCAACUUUUCACGGCCUGAUCUACCGUUUGGUGUUGAUCUCGCUUUGCCUCAGAUUGGAGGCAAUGCGCGUAAGACCAACCAUGAUUACACUGGUGGAAAGUUGGACGAGUUGGUGGACAUCAUCAUUGACAGCGGUGCCAAGUUGUUUGUCAGUGCUGUCGGUGUACCACCACCUCAAGUGAUUAAGAGGUUUCAUGAUAAGGGAAUCCUGGUCAUGAACAUGGUUGGGCAUCCCAAGCAUGCAACCAAGGCGCUCGAGCUCGGAGUUGACAUGGUCUGCGCUCAAGGUGGCGAAGGAGGAGGUCACACAGGAGAUGUUGCAAACUCCAUCCUCAUCCCCGCCGUAGCAGACGUUGCUUCGAAGUACCACCCUCCUCUUCUCAAGGGUCUUCCCGCAUUAGUCGUUGCGGCCGGAGGCAUUUACUCUGGAAGGAGUCUUGCAAGCUCAUUGAUGCAGGGCGCUGUAGCCGUAUGGGUAGGUACACGAUUUGUAGCCUCUGUUGAAGCUAGUUGCAGUGAGGAGCACAAAAAAGAAGUUGUUUCAUGUGGAUUCGAAGAUACGCAGCGAACUCUUGUUAUCUCUGGGCGACCUCUGAGAAUGAAGACAAACGAUUAUAUCAGGAAGUGGCAUGAGCAGCCAGAUAAGAUCAAGGAGUUGUGCGACAAGGGUGUUGUGCCAAUUGAGUACGACUUUGAGCAGGGCAACGAUUUCGAUCUGCCACAUUUGAUGGGCCAGGUUGCUGGAGCCAUCACCAAGAUUCAGCCUGCAGGGGAGAUCGUUGAUGAGAUGGUCAAGGAGGCUGUUGAUAUGCUCAAGUUGGGAGGGACAUACUUGACAGCUAUCCCGAGACUGUGA